AACUGUUCGGAAAGUUACUCUGAAAUCCCCUUUUCCAUCUUGAUGGAGUUCCCUGCGUCGUCAACAUAAUCUGUAUUAUCAUUUGUGUGUUUUUGAAGGGUAUAGAAAACAUUUUUUCCGUGAAUGGUUUUGCUUCGGUGAAUUUGUGUUUACGUGGGAGCUCUGCUGCACCUCUGCCAUAUUGACGUCCAGAAUUCCUGGCAGACACAACUACACAGAUCAGAGGAGAUGAUCCACAGCCUGUUUCUGAUAAAUAACUUUGGAGACAUCUUCCUGGAGAAACACUGGAAGAGUGUCAUCAACCGGAGUGUGUGUGACUACUUCUUUGAAGCCAAGGAGAAGGCGCUGGAUCCAGAGAAUGUUCCGCCUGUCCUCCAGACUCCUCAUCACUACCUCAUCACCAUAUACAGGGGCAAGAUCUACUUCCUGUCCGUCAUCCAGUCUGAAGUCCCUCCACUGUUUGUCAUCGAGUUCCUGCACCGAGUAGCUGACACAUUUCAGGAUUAUUUUGGAGAAACCUCUGAAAAUGUCAUCAAAGACAACCUUGUGACAGUGUACGAGCUGCUGGAGGACAUGCUGGACAAUGGCUUUCCACUGGCGACAGAGUCCAACGUCCUCAAAGAGAUGAUCAAACCACCCACUAUCCUGCGAUCGGUCGUCAAUACACUCAUAGGAAGUAGCAACGUCGGGGAUGUUCUACCAACAGGUCAACUGUCUAAUAUCCCCUGGAGGCGGACGGGUGUCAAAUACACCAACAAUGAGGCCUAUUUUGAUGUGAUCGAAGAAAUAGAUGCGAUUUUGGACAAAUCAGGGUCAACCGUGUUCGCAGACAUACAAGGUGUCAUCGAAGCAUGCGUGAGACUCUCCGGGAUGCCGGACUUGACCCUGUCGUUCAUGAACCCUCGACUUCUUGAUGACGUGAGCUUUCACCCCUGCGUUCGGUUCAAACGCUGGGAGUCGGAGCAGGUUCUGUCUUUCAUUCCACCGGAUGGGAACUUCACUCUAAUGACGUAUCAUGUCAACUCUCAGAAUCUGGUCGCCAUUCCCGUCUACGUGAAGCAGAACAUCAACUUCUUUGACACAGGAAACUGUGGACGCCUGGACAUCACAAUUGGACCAAAGCAGACCAUGGGGAAGACCAUUGAGGGGCUCGUGGUCACGAUCCACAUGCCAAAAUCUGUUCUCAGCACCAACCUCACUUCCACGCAAGGAAACUACACCUAUGAUCUGACCACCAAGAUUUUGGUUUGGGACAUCGGUAAACUGAACCCACAGAAGCUUCCAAACCUGCGAGGCACUCUCAGUAUGCAGGCAGGAUGUCCGAAACCCGACGAAAACCCCUCACUCAACAUUGACCUGAAAAUCCAGCAGCUGGCUAUUUCAGGUGUGAAGGUCAGUCGCCUCGACAUGUUUGGAGAGAAGUACAAGCCGUUCAAAGGGGUCAAAUAUGUGACAAAGGCUGGAAAGUUCCAAGUCCGGACCUGAACUCACCCAAAUGUUUACAUGUGCCUUGUAGAGCAAUUUGUUUUGUGCCGUGCGGCUCACAAUAUUAACAGAUUUACAUUAUAAGUGCUAUUUAUUAUAUGGCUGCGGCAUAUAACCUGCGAAGGGAAAGCCUUAAUAACCAACGUGACACUUUAUAUAGAUGAAUACUUCCUGAUCGGCAAAUUAUUUCUCUUUUUUUUUAAGGAUUAGCUCAUAAACAUGCAGUAAUUUAUAUACUGUGUACAACAGCCUUAAGAGCAAUGCCUUGCCAAAUAGUGUGCCUAUGUCAGCAGCAUAGUGUUUUCUCACUUCUUCAGUGUCCCUUAGGCCCACUCAUACUAAUAUGGAUCCCCAUUUGUAACAAUACAUUUUAACAGAAGCACUGAAGGAGAAUAAGCCCUUUGAGCAAGACUGCCUGCCAGUCUAGUGCUGAGCCCUGACAACCUGAUCCACUGUUGUCACUAAGCAGCAGGUCGUGCACAAGCUUUAUGGGCACCAUUCCAGCGUGUCGCAUUAAUAUCAAAAAGGGACACCAAAAUAGCACACUCUCCGUCUGCAGUCCUCGUGUUGGAGGUAUACGUGGUACCCAGAGUCCCAUUUCUUUCAUGUGGCAGCCAUUUUUGUAUUUCUAUAUAUCAAUCUAUAAAAGUGUGUUGUUUUUAAAAAGCCAAUAUACUCUUCGACUCUGCCUUUAAAAUGAAGAUCAUUUUGCACACUUCUGCCACUAUAAAUGAACAAUGUCUGUGACACCGCAGCACAAUCAGUCGCGUUAAGUGGGAAAUACUGAAGAUGAACACACGUUACAGAGAUGCUCUUGGUGAUGUAUAUGGUAUAUACACAAAUGACCAGACUUUCAUGAUGUCGAAUGUUCACAAUCACAAAACGUUUAGCAACAUUAGUACAAUCACUUUUUUGCAGGACUCUUAACUGCCUCUACAACUGUUUAGUGCCAUAAUGUCUUAUAAAAGCUUUGU